CAGGAGUCACGUGAUGCGUUAUAAAUGUCAUGCUCAGACACUGCAGGUUUAUAGUGGGAUUAUAAUCCGUUAUGGUUCACCUGAGAGGAAAAACCAGAUUCGCAUCCGAAUUGUAUACCUCAGACUCACGUGACCGCUCACGAUAUCGAUUAUUUAUCUCGUCUGAUCGCCAAAACCGGAUUCUGAACGCGGUGAUUGUGGACGUCAAAUCACCACCGAUUAUUAUAACCGCGAUAUAUCACUGAUCCGUCGAGGGAUGACGUCACCAAGGCGGUGAAUCGGCGCAACCCGACACCGAUUAUUACCCCGGGGCAGGAGGGAUGAGCGCGCGCGUGCGUCUCCGCUUCUGCGCGGCGCAAGUCGAGGCACGUGCGGCACCCGCUGCCCGAGGCUACAGCGCGCGGAGACAGAGAGAGAGAGAGAGAGAGAGAGAGAGAGAGAGAGACCUUCCCACCUCCCUCCUGGAGGAACUUGUGCAUUACCGAACUCCAGGCUCCUCACUGUUCCACGGAUCCGCGUCCUUGCACGUGCGCGCGGGACCGACGGCACCGAGCAAGAACAUCCCGACACGCGCGCGCGUCCUUAACGCCGUGAGAGAUAAAGAGGGAGAGAGACGGAGUGCAUCUCACGUUUUUCGGGAAAAAAAAUGAGGAAAGUGUAAAGCGCUCGUGCGUGUGUUUUUUUUUUCCCCACCACUUCUCUCGCUCUCACCGGCCGCCACCGAGCUCCGGCUCGCGCUCCCGGUCUCCUCUGGCGCGCGAUUCCACUUUCACCCAGGACUCUGCUGCUCGGACAAAUGCAUACAAAUGCAUUUAGGAGCCCAACGGACAAGGGGCGGCCGCGUUGCACAAACGAGAGCCCUCCUUCUGCUCCUGUCAGUAUGUUUCACUGCACUAUCUGCAGAAGAACAUUCACAACCUCAAGGUGUAGAUCUCAUUCUCCAGCUUGGCCUGUCCAGCCGCAGAGAUGUCACGCAUUCCUCUUGGACGAUGACCUCACCGCCACUUAUUUCUUCCCUCUCAUCUCUUUCUAUCCUUCCUGGUGGGGUUGGGGUGACUCUGGACCGUAAUGCGAUGAUCGAAGCCCCUGUAGCAAGUGUCCUUCCUGCAGGCGUGGCGAACGAGUUUUCCCUGAUAGUGAGCCUUAACUCCAAGCGUGCCACCAAUGCCUUCUUGUUCAGCGUGCGGGAUGGACUCGACCGACUCCAGUUUGGUCUGCAGCUUCUGCCGGACCGCGUGGUGGUCUACACGGGUGAUAAGGCAACCGUUUACUUCAGCUAUGCAGCUCAGGACGGACGGUGGCACUCGUUUGCAGUAGCGGUGCGUCCGCGCUCUGUGUCGUUCUUUGCCCAGUGUGGUGGGCUACAAUACAGUGAGGAAACACUGACUAGACCACGGAUGGUGGUUUCAAAGGGCCGGGUGGCCAUCGGAAGGAUGAGCUCCAGGGCGGCACAGUUUGAAGGCUCUCUGUGCCAGCUGGAGAUAUAUCCCUCAGCACAGGUUGCAGCACAUUACUGUGACUAUGUAAAAAAAAACUGCAGACUAGCAGACACCUUUCGAUCUUCGUUCCCUUCCACAUUGCCCUCCCUACCGUCCUCUGUGACCCCCUCAACUCCCUCUGAAACACACACACAAAACCCAACCAACUCCACACUCAGGAACUCUUUAGGAAAAAUGAACUCUACAACUGCAUCCGUUUGGAAUACACUGAGAUCGAGUACCGCUCAGACUGCUGGUCCACCUCUGAACCCCUUUAGAACAACAUACUCCCCAGAAGCUACUAUUCGCACCCCUCUAAGCGAAAGUAGACCCUAUGAGGAGAACAACACUGAAGAUCACCGGCUGCUUGGAAGAACCCGUGCCACUCGAGCUACUCCAAACCUGAACCCUGAACCCAGAAAGAACCAGCAGAGUAAAGACAAUGGCUCCCAACGACCAGAGCUCUCAGAGCAUCAGGUGAAGCUGAACGGUGCGACCUUGUACAGACAGCAAGGUUACAACAACCAGCUGAAACGUCUUGAGGAAUAUGGUGAGGAACGGACAUACGACUCAGGGGUAUAUGGAUACGACUAUGGAUUCGAGGAUGGAGACUAUUUUUUGGACUAUGACGGUUUUGAUGGUCUUAAAGGGGAUCCAGGCCCUCCGGGUUCUCCCGGUCCCCCCGGUCUCCCUGGACCAGCUGGGAAGAGAGGACCACGGGGUCCUCCUGGUCCUCAUGGGAUUCCUGGGCCUCCUGGAUUACCUGGCCCCAAGGGAGCAAAGGGUGACCCCGGGCUGUCCCCAGGUCAGGCCAUGAAAGGAGAACAGGGUGAGAGAGGACCUCCUGGUCCACCAGGCUCUAAAGGUUUUGCAGGGUUAAUGGGUUCCAAAGGAUAUCCAGGACCACCAGGCCAGCCAGGAGAACAGGGUUUGCCAGGAUUGCCAGGCCCGGUUGGGGCAGCAGGUUACCCUGGCAGGCAGGGAUUGGCAGGCCCAGAGGGAAACCCAGGCUCUAAAGGUGUCAAUGGUUUUAUCGGAGCCCCAGGAGCACCGGGAGCACCGGGCAUACAGGGGGAAAGAGGGAUCCUGGGACCUGUGGGGAAGAUCGGACCUAAAGGAAGACAGGGUGUGAUUGGAGACGUCGGGGAACGGGGUCCUCCGGGGCCUGACGGAAAUCAGGGGACUGUUGGAGCGACUGGCACCGCCGGCUUUCCGGGCCUCAGAGGGAACCCUGGGCCUGAGGGACCUCGCGGACUUCCUGGCAUUCUCGGACCUCAGGGCCUGUCUGGGGGCGUGGGACCACCUGGAUUGAAAGGUGAUAAGGGUGAACCAGGAUUACGGGGGGAACCAGGAGACUAUGGCUACCAGGGGGACAAGGGGGCUGCAGGUAUUCCUGGACCACCAGGCCCACGUGGAAAACCCGGACCAAUGGGGAAAACAGGUGACCUAGGUGCCCCAGGACCACCAGGGCCUCCUGGACCUGAGGGAUUUCCUGGAGACAUCGGGGCUCCUGGUCCUAACGGUCCUCCAGGCCCAAAGGGUGUCGAUGGACCGAGGGGACCGCCGGGGCCUUUAGGGCCGAAGGGAACAGAGGGAGAUGAAGGCCCUUUGGGUCCACCUGGUGGUCCUGGUCCCAUUGGCAGGCCUGGACGGAAAGGUUAUAUUGGUGAUCCAGGACCUGAAGGACUGAAGGGUGAAGUUGGCGACCAGGGGAACGUCGGCAAGAGCGGACCUCCAGGAGAAGAAGGACUUCCAGGAAUUGCAGGAGUGGCUGGCCCACCUGGGGAAAAAGGAGACCGUGGUCCAGCAGGGCCUUUGGGUCCACCAGGAGAGAAGGGUUCAAUGGGCUAUCCAGGCUUGCCAGGAGGUCCUGGAGAUGUCGGCCCACAAGGGCCACGGGGUCUCACGGGUCUGAGGGGUACUCCAGGUGUUCCUGGAACAAAAGGAAGGAGGGGGCCAAGAGGAGCCGACGGACCCCCCGGAGAACCGGGACCAGAGGGCGUCAAGGGAGAAAAGGGCGAGCCGGGCCAGAAAGGAGCUUCUGGGUUUGCUGGCAAAGCAGGAAGUCCAGGAAAGCGAGGAUCUCCAGGGCCUCCGGGUGUUGCAGGUCCACCUGGAAGUUCUGGUGAAAGAGGACCUCAUGGUGAACCUGGGCCUAAAGGGCCAGCGGGGGAACCGGGAGCAGAUGGAGAACAAGGACCUGAGGGGCUUCCAGGACCUGAAGGUGAACAGGGACCUGCUGGAGAACCUGGUGCCAAGGGUGAAAUCGGACCUGCAGGGGCUGAAGGGGAGAAGGGGCAAGAAGGUGUCAGGGGGUCUCCAGGUCCACCAGGAGAAGAUGGACCUCAGGGAAAGGACGGGCCAAAGGGUGAACAAGGUGACCGCGGUGCAAUGGGAGAGACUGGGGAACGCAGUGAUGCUGGUGACCCUGGACCUCCAGGACCACCGGGAGAUGCUGGUACAAAAGGAUUCCCGGGACCAGAAGGAAAACAAGGACCACCAGGCAAACGUGGACGUCAAGGAAAGAAGGGUGACCAAGGUCCAGCGGGGCAGCCGGGAGAGAUGGGGUCUAGUGGUGAAACUGGACAGGAAGGAGAACGAGGGCUGAAAGGAGCUCGAGGAACAAGAGGACCAGCGGGUCAACCUGGAGUUAUGGGACCACAGGGGGAACCAGGAAUGGAAGGGUACACAGGUCAUGUUGGAAAGCCCGGUCCACCUGGACCCCCAGGACCUAAAGGUGAAAAGGGUUAUCCAGGAGAGGACAGCAAGACUCCAGGACCUCCGGGGCCCUUAGGUGAACCAGGUUCUCUAGGUGAGAAAGGUGAUCGAGGCGCCCCAGGAGAUAACGGAUAUCAGGGUCAUGUUGGGGUCCCAGGUGCACGAGGGUCAGUGGGACAGCAGGGGGCGCCGGGAUUAUCAGGACCCCCUGGAAAAACUGGACCCAAAGGAGACACAGGAACUCAGGGACAGCCAGGAAAACCUGGAGCUCAGGGUCAGACGGGUUCUCCUGGUCCAGAGGGACUGGUAGGUUCACCAGGGCCCAAAGGCAUGAUGGGAUAUCCUGGACCUGAUGGCCCUCCAGGGUUAACGGGGAUCUCGGGUCCGGCUGGUCUGAUUGGCCCUCAAGGUCAUCGUGGCGUGACGGGUGUCGAGGGGAGGGCGGGACUUCCUGGUCCGCGUGGUGAGCUCGGGCUGCCUGGUGCGAUUGGAGACAGAGGAGACGCUGGAAGACAGGGAGAACGCGGUUUAACGGGCGAAAGAGGGCCUGCAGGUGCUAAGGGCUUGCAGGGUGCCCCCGGAGACCAGGGCAAAAAGGGCGAUCCAGGGGUCAAAGGUCAACCGGGGGAAGUUGGAGACCCAGGCUUCUUAGGACUUGAGGGGUUUCCAGGACCAAAAGGGCCCAAUGGAGAUUUAGGUUUUGCUGGAGUUCCAGGAGCUCGAGGGUCACUGGGAUCCCAGGGUCUCACAGGUCUUGUUGGUCCAGUCGGGACGAUGGGCCCAAUCGGAAGACCUGGUCCUCAGGGUCCUAAAGGAGGAACAGGGGAGAUGGGACCCCAGGGGCCACGUGGUAGUCCAGGACCGAGGGGGCUUCCAGGUCCUCCAGGACCAUCGAGACGAGUGCAGGUGGGCGGAGCUAUGCUGACCAUCCUGGAAUCUGACACGCAAUCGCAUGAGAACUAUCAGAAUGCUGAGGCGUCCGUGUCCCAGCAGAACGUUGAGGUCCUCAGGACUCUGCACUACCUGAGCUCCGUCAUCUCUGAUAUUAAGUCCCCGGCAGGUACGAGGGAAAACCCCGCCCGCUUCUGCAAAGAUCUUCUGAACUGCAAACCCACGAUGGCCGACGGGAUGUUCUGGAUCGACCCGAACCUCGGCUGCACGUCUGAUGCCAUUCAGGUGUUCUGUAACUUCACAGCUGGAGGCCAGACCUGCCUGUACCCUGUCGUUACAGAUAAGGUGGCGCUUGGGAUCAGUAAGGUCCAGAUGAAGUUUCUGCACUUGCUGAGCGUUGAAGCCACUCAGUCCAUCUCACUCCACUGCUACAGCGAGCCAGAUACCACCUCCAUCCCCAGCUUCUCCUCAUCCUUCUCAUCCUCCUCUGUCCUCUUUCACGGCUGGAACGGUCAGGUGGUGGAGAGGAGCUCCAUCCCACACCAUCACGUGCUCCAGGAUGAGUGUGGGGUACGUGACGGCCGAUGGCAUCGCUCGCGAUUCCUGCUGCACACUCAGGACCCGACGCUGCUUCCCAUCCUGGACGUACAGGGUUUCCAAGCCCAGAGCACAGGGCCUGAGCAGCGCCACCUGGAGGUCGGACACGUCUGCUUCCUGUGAGCCACUUCCUUUUCCUCCUCCUCCUCUUCUCACCUGUGAAACAACUGAAGGACACGUUUCAAGAUGGCCUCCCGCCAAGCCGGGUCGCCGAAGAGCCUGCUGCCGCACCGUCGUAGCUUCCCAUGGGUCCUAAAGCCUGACUCAUACAGGGAAAAUAAUUCCCUGUUCAAAUUUACGGAGAACACGAGGUGGAACGUAGCGGCUCGUUCCCGUCCAGUACCAGGGUUUAUUACUUAGAACAUGGUGCUGGAGUUAACCGAGUCCACAGGCUGGGUUUGGAAGUUUGGAGUUAAAAGCAAGAUACUCAAACGUGCUGAUUUUUGGAGAUUUUAAAACAAUAAUCUAAUCCAGAAUAAAUCGAAUAAACUAGAGGAAAUUUCCAAAAAAAAGCCAAGUUGUGGUAUGAAAGAUCUGAAUCAAGUGCAGAAACAAAGAUCCGGUUUCACCAAAAACCAGUGUUUCCUCUGUGAAGAACUUCUGAAACACUAAUUCAGGAUCAGGUGCUGAUAAUCAAAACACAGUGUUACGUGACGGACUGUUAAUAAAAAAGGGCACAUUUUAUUGUAUUUAUGUCAUAAAUAUGCAGCAAAUCCAGUGAUAUGAGUGAAUUUAGGUCAAACAAGGUAGCUAAAGCUAGCUAACUAGCUAAUAUUAGCUAUUAGCUAUCGAUGAGAGUUUCCCGCUCAGCUUACACUCCAUAAAACCGUUCCUAAAUAGUGAUCAAAACGUGUGAUUCCCAUCCUGAGAGAAAUGAUCAGCGGCUACUGAUUAGCGGUUUAGCCGGUUUUGUCCAGACCUGAGUGUUAGCAUGAACGCUUGUGAAUAUCGAGGUGAAAACAAUCCUAUCAUUCGCUUGGCAGCAACACUACUGUGGUGUUUGUGUUUAAUAUCAGCACACAGGAACACACACUUGGUACCUCCAUCAGAACAAUCCAUAGAUCAGAAAUCCUAAAACUCACUUCCUGCAUUAACUUUCAUUCACUUUCAAUCCAGUCCAUUAGAAAUGCUAGUGUAUACGAUGCUAAUAUAUUCUGUCCCCUCAGAUUAUUACUACAGUUGCAUUAAAAGAUCAGAAGCAUGCUGGGCGUGCACGGUGCAUCUUUUUGUUCUGACAAUCGAAAAAAAAAAAAAAAACAGCUAGCAUCUCCUAACAUUCCGCCAUCCUGCAAAUCAAGUGCGUUAGUUAGUUUUAGAUGUGAGAUUAUUCUCUAGGGUUGAGGCUAGGCUUUAAGAGCUAAAUUAGUGUUUAUUAGGAAGACAAAGUCAUAAAAACUCUAGAAAUACUGAGAAAUACAGUCGCUAAGCAAAAUAUCGCUAAUUUCCGCGGAUAACGUGAUUGUGUUAUUUGGACGACACCAAAUUCGAGACGAACUCAUCACUGACCUUUUCCCAAAUGUAUUCGUUCCAAGGAAUAAUAAGCAGGUUAAUAUGUAGCUACAAAUUAUUUUCUGGACCUUUUAGCGAAUGCAAUCGACAGCGUACAUAUUUUUAUUUCAAGUCCUGCUUUCAUGUGCGCCCUCUGGUGGCUUGGAGGUUAAAUACAGUAUACGCUUGUUAGUUUUUCUUGACGGAAUACAUUUAAUCUCACUAGCAUUAUGAUACGCACGGGACACGCUAAUGACAUGCUAACACCCAGCGAAAAGUGUGUUGUGUUGCAUCAGGAGCGGAUUGGGAUUGAAAGAGCAGGAUAGCGGUAAUGCGGCACUUACCUGGUGCUACGAGUGCAAUAUGGAUGGAUGGGUAGAUGGAUAGACAGAUGGAUGGAUGGAUGGCCGGACCGUGAGAGAUGGAGAAUCACACUCUUGUGUACAAACUGAACCGAAGCCUAGUCAGGUGGCACCUACCUCCUUCCCGCAUCGCCUUCCAAGAUGGCCACCCACGAGGCCUCGGCGCUCGCCGUACGUCCCGGCUGCAUCAAGACCCUUAAAGAGUACUUUAUUUGAAAUAUAUAAUUUAUAUAAAAAUGUUUGAUGUGAUGUGUUUUAUAGGCUUUUAUUUACUUUUUUUUAUAAAGGAAGGUCACCCUUACAGAAAAGUUGUCCUGCGUCUCAUGAAGCAAAGAGUUUCAGCGUUAUUUAGAUAUACUGUAGAUAUUAUACAAUGUGUGUGUGUGUGUGUGUGUGUGUGUAACCUGCUUAUAUGAAGGGCAUGGGACUUCUCUGUAAGGGUUCCAUAUGCCUUCUCCAUGGUGCUGCGCUCGACACAGCUCGUUAACCCGUCACGUUGCCGGUGUAUAUUUUACGAUAUAAUGUUGAUUUAUUUAUGUUUUAUUUUCUUCAUAAAAUUGCUGUAUGCCAGUAAAUGAUCAUAUCGUUUGUCUGAGAUCUGGCAAAGUAAACAUUUACGCAAAUGAUUAUUUAUAUCAAAUUUGAGUUUGUCCACACACACACACAGACACACACACACACACACACACAGAGGUGGUUCAGUGCUUGGUGCUGUAUUGUAUUGUAUUGUAUUGUAUUGUCACAUUCUGGCAGCUAAAACCGGCCAGAUUCACAACUAUAUCACAUGUUUAACUUAUAUUAGCUCCCAUUAACUGACCUUUCACCCUGUAAAAGCAAAUGUAAAUAGUAGAUACGUCUGAUAUCAAAUAAACUGGUUUAAUCCCAAA